AUAUACAUAAGGUACGGUAGAAACCACCCAUUCCAUUAGAUAUUAAACCCCGCCUGCAGCGCAGCUUCCAUUGGAUCAAGAAAGUAGCCGGCCGCGCCCUUCUCAUCUUCCUUCUCUGUACUCUGUGCUGAGCAAACAUGGACGACUCAGUCGGAAAAGACCCCCUGGAAAUCCUCCCCCCAGAGAUGAGCCGCCAUAUAUUUUCAUGGUUGCCGGUGAAGUGCCUGUUCAGAUGCAUGUCCGUCAGCAAAGAAUGGCAGGCCUUCGUUCAUGAAAUCAAGAACGCCCAUGCCGGGAAACUGCAACUUCUCGUCAUCUCCUCCCGUCAAGAAAACGGCAACGAAGAGAGAUUUAUAGUGAGGUCAAUCAACCCCGAUCUCAGCCUUCAAUGGGUAUCCUUGUCUCUAUUCACCCUCGACGGUCAUGACUUCAGAUUCUUUGAUGGAUUCCGACCCAAAAUUUUGGACUCUUGCAAUGAGCUUGUUCUUGUUUCGGCUGGGGAGAAGAUCCUCUUGUGGAACCCACUUACGAGAUGGUUUAGAGUUGUGUUCGGUGUUUAUAAUCAUAAUCAUAAACAGUACACUCUUGAGGGCUGUUCUUGUGUUUUUGGUUCAUUUUAUUACGACGCCUCCAUUAAAGACUACAAAAUUGUCCUUCUACUUCGCAAUCUUACAGCGGAUGGUCGUGGUUAUGGCACCCGCUGUGUGAGUUUUGCAAGCUUGAAAAGCAAUGUGUGGAAAGUUUUGCCAGCCCCUCAUGCCCCCGGAGUGCACUCUGCGAGAAGAGUAAUCCACUCCGCAAGAAAAGGCGUCAACUUUCACAAUACAUAUCAUUGGCCGGCAUGUCACGACGUCCAGCCUCCUGUUUGGAAUAUCCCCGGAGGUCCCAAUAAUAAGAUUGUUUAUUUUGAUCCCGUAAAUGAUGAGUUCAAAAUAUUACCCUCUCCCGAACCGUGUCACCGCGAAGAAGAUGACUGGAUAGUUGGUAUGGGAAUUGUAAAUGAUUGCCUUUGCAUGGCUCGGUUGGAUACCAAGACAAAGACGGUUCAGGUUUUGGCUAUGAAAGAAUACGGGAAUGGAGAGUCUUGGUUCAGAGCAUUCGACGUCCCUUUGUCCAGAUUUGGUUGUCAACAUGAUUUGUACGACUUCACUUUUUUCUCCGUAGAAAAGAAUGGAAAAGUGUUGAUGAAAUACAAUGAUAGCGGAAUCCUUGUCUAUGAUCCGGCCAGUGAAGAUGUGCUUCGUGUUAGGGUUCUCUUACCUGAUUCAGAGAUUGAUCAUGGUAUGUGCUUCUAUGCACAAAGUUUUGCAUCCCCAUAUGACCAAUAGAUACAGUACAUUGUAGUUCGUAUAUCUGAUGGUCAACGGAUGCACCCUACAUGUUUCUUUUGUUGCUUUUUUUUUUCGGAAGGUGUUGUUUUUCUUUUUCUUUUUUGAGGAUUAAUGGCACUUUGACUUGAACAAAAAAAAAAAAAUGGAACGCAUCAGACUUGCAUGCAUACUUCGCUUUCCAUACUAUUCAGAUUAACCGGUGUCAAGUAAACACACCUUCAAAUACUCCCUCCGUUCUAAAAUGAAGUUUUCGGUUUGAACUACACACAUACUCCGUAUUUAUUUAAGG